CUUGUGUUGUCGUGGUGACUUAUCGUGGUAACCUUGCCGUGUGAAAUCGUCAGUCUCAAUCGUGUUGGGAAGCCGUAGCCAUCAGUUGCUGGGAGAGUCAAACGUUGAGUGUAUCAGCCAAGUCGUGUGUUUUGAUAAGAUUUCCUAGAUUAGUGCAGUGACGUGCUCUUAUCACGACGAAGAUGAUGAUGUGUAUGUGGGAGUGAAAGAAAUCUUGAUGGAAAAAUACGAGAAUCUUGGCUUGGUCGGUGAGGGCUCGUACGGAAUCGUCAUGAAAUGCAGACACAAAGAGUCAGGACAAUUAGUAGCCGUCAAGAAGUUUAUCGAGAGCGAGGACGACAAAAUGGUGAAGAAGAUCGCUCUGAGGGAGGUCCGUAUGCUCAAGCAGUUGCACCAUGAGAAUCUCGUCAACCUGCUAGACGUAUUCAGACGCAAGAGACGUUUGUUUUUGGUGUUCGAGUUUGUCGACCACACAAUUCUUGAAGAAUUAGAGAGGAAUCCCAUGGGAUUGGACGAAUUGAGUUGCAAGAAGUGCGUGUGGCAGGUGCUGCGUGGGAUAGACUUUUGUCAUUCGCACAACAUCAUACACAGAGAUGUAAAGCCGGAGAACGUGUUGGUGUCGAGAACUGGAGUCGUCAAGUUGUGUGAUUUCGGUUUUGCUAGGACGUUGGCUGGACCAGGAGAAGCGUAUACGGAUUACGUAGCAACACGGUGGUAUAGAGCUCCAGAACUGUUGGUGGGAGACACAAACUAUGGAAAGGCUGUUGAUGUUUGGGCUAUUGGUUGUUUAUUGGGAGAGAUGUUGACAGGUGAACCUCUCUUUCCUGGAGAUUCAGACAUUGAUCAACUGUAUCACAUCACUAAAUGCUUUGGCAAUCUUAUACAUCAUCAUCGUGAAAUAUUUAUGAAGAAUCCUUUAUUUGUUGGUUUGCGGCUACCAGACAUGAAAGUAGCGAUAGGACUAGGAAGGAAGUUUCCUCGUCUUUCACCACAAUCACAUGCAAUCAUAAAGAAGUGUCUUCGGAUGGAGCCAUCUGAACGUCCAUUAUGCUGUGACUUACUUUCUGAUGAUUUUUUUCGCCGUGAUGGAUUUAUACAGAAAAUUGUACCGGAACUAAAGGCAAGAAUUCGAAGAGAAAUAGAAGAAAAUCCAUUAUUGGCAAACUUAGGCUUGAAACUAAGUGACGAUCAUUAUGAGACUGCACCAGCACCCCCUCCUGUUGUUUCCAGUCAUUUUUCAACUCCUUUGAGUCCAGUUUCACAUGCUGCUCCUCCUGUCUCUAUAGCUACCACUUCUUCAGCAGUUGGGGCUUCUGAUGUUAUUGCUGUUAGUCACAAGGCAGAAAAACACACCGACUCAGAGGGAACACUGAGUCCUCCUAAUGCUGUAGUGACGGACGAGAAACCAAAGAAAAAGAAACCGAAGAAAGAGGUGAUUAAGGUAAAGCCGAUGAAGGAGAUAAAAGACAGCAAACAGAAGAGUGAGAAGCAUUGCAAAAAGGUUUCAGAACCACUGCUGCCAAAGACCGAAGUUCAAGCAUCAAAGCCAAGUGCAACAGUGGCUCCCACUGUCAAGAUGACAUCACCUGUCGGCAUGGGAAUGAAGUCAGUGUUGUCCACCAAACCAGUGACACACAUUACACCAACGUUCACAACUACAUCUGUCCAGCCUUCACAUGGGCACUAUUCCAUGGCUGGUGGAGCAGCUCUUGCAUCCAGCGGACGUUCUCAUCAUUUUGAUAGCACAAGUGAAGAAAAACAGUCAACAUAUGUGGGGAUGGAGGCAUUACAUGUGACAAACUCGGUGUCUGUAACAACACUUGGGAUGAGCCAACAGGCAGAUAGUAAAUCUACUAUGGUCAGUCAGCCUAUGACAAGUACUGGAGAUAAUAGCAGAUCAAAACCUGCAACAGUCAUUGGGGCUCCUUUGAAUGCUAGAGAGCAGUUGAUGACACGAACCACAACAUUCAAAAUGCAAACACCAAGCAACUCCAAGAAGUUAAAAGCAGGAAAAGAAAAACGUCAUCGUCAUCAUCAACUUCAAGACACCACACACCAAGUCACUCUUCCACAUCUUGAUGAAAACGCUCGACGGUCAAACCCUCAAUUGAUUACUACACAAGUCAGUCAUUCACAUGGAAAGAAAUCGCAUUCCUUUAUGCCUCAGUUGCCAAUGACGGAUACUUUGAAGUCGUCUGCUCCUCUUACCUCACAGAUACCUUCCCGUGCAGACAGUCGGACAGGAAUUUAAUGAUAGAGGAGACAGAGAA